CCAAGGUUCCUUCUCCCUGCAUUUCCUAUUUAGAACAACAUAUCGCUUGUCUGAGAGCCUCGAUUGCCGUCAGAUCAGUUUACCCAAAAUCGAUCCGUGCAUAUAACCCGGCUUGUCUUCUAUCUCACGAGAGGUCGUUUGGAUCUCGUAGCCUAGGCAGAUGUUCCGACAACAGAAAGUUCUCUUUCCUAAAAUUAGCCCUGAUUGUCCCAACAGCGCUGCAGUGCUCCAACUUCCAAAUUCUAGAGCGCCACAUUACCACGAUCAUGACAAGCCAUCCCUCCAGAUCUAUCGAACGAAGCGAAAGCAUGUCCUGAAAGCCUGUGAGCGGUGCCGAGUAAAGAAAUCCAAGUGCGAUGGUAUGCAACCGUGUGGUAGGUGCUUAGCAUACAACCAUGCUUGUAUAUUUCGAGACAGAAAGGCGACCCAAGAGAAGGUCUAUUCCAGAGGAUUUGUAGAGAUGCUCAUCUCGCAGCAUGCGGUUCACCUUCAAGCGCUUCAGGAUUUAUACAGGCGCUGCGUAAGUCGGGAAGGGCUCCCUGGGUCGCCAUUGGAGGAGUCAACGCAAGGUCGCCCCGGCACACAUGCCAUUCUAGACCGUCUAGGGCUGAUCAAGCACGCGGAAGAAAUGAUCGAAGACCCCCGGACAGUUCUCGCGGAUAUUGUCGAAUAUGUGAAAGCACUAGAGACCACUUCUGACGGCAUUGGUUCUGCGGAGUAUAGAGAACCAAGCGAGACCACCCCGUCUGAUGAUCCAUCCCCGGAACCCAGUACCCCAAGAGAGGUCGCAGAAUUCACCGAGCCAUCUAUCGCUGGUACCAUGGGUACCUCACACGACCACUUUCGAUCGUACCAAAUGAAGAGCAAUAUCAAGUCUGUCCAGCAGGAGCAACAUCAUCAUCAUCAUCACCACGAUAUAAACCUUGCCCAGCCAAUGGGUCCUUUCCCCUAUCAAGAGAACGUCAAUCACUCGCAGCUGCUUGGUAAUGCCAAUGUCCACCAUUCAAAAUACGCCCCCAUGGACGGUUGUUGUGAGACUCCCGUCGACAUGAUGUGGUCCUCGCCGGGUCACCACAGUUCGUCUGGCUUGCUUCCAUUCAGCUCCGCGGCAGAGAGAGGUCAUUUCCUCGCAAUGGAGCAGGAAUCCUACCCUAUUUUGCCGCAGUAUGGCAACCCCAUCAAUAGCACUUUUCUGCAGCGAUGACAAUCAAUUCCCUGGGGCGAUCCCUGGGGCGAUGCCGGCAAGCACCACUGCGUCUCAGCCAAUCAGCCCGGUUCUGAGGAUAUAUUCCUGCCUCAUGCCCCGGCAGUCUAAGGUAUAGGCUUGAUGCUCUUCUUAGCCUGCGGCCAGAAGGAUUUGCAUUGGUUGAGAAUUGGCUGCAUUCACUGCACGUGCAUUUGUUCAUUCUCGUUGAGGCUGAGUGAGAGUG